AUGGAUAACGAAACAGAGUUGAGUAUCGAAGAAACAAAUAAGUUGAGGGAAAAGUUAGGGUUAAAAAAAUUAGAUGUGGAAGAUAAGCACGACAAGAAGAAGAAGAAAAAAUGUGCUUUGAAAUAUGACAAACCUAAUGAGAACAGCAAAGGAGGAGAAGCAACAGAUGGAGACACUAAUGUGAGGAAUGGUGAAGAGGGAGAAAACGUCAGAAAGAGAAAUAACAGGAACAAAAAUAAAGAAAGUAUCAAGGGAAAUGUAAAAUCAACGAAAACCAUUAGCGAAGAAUUUAGCGAAGACAUAAAUGAUGUCGAGAAAUGGGUAAGUCAAACGAGAAAUUCUAUGAAUAAGAAAUUGAUAAAUGAGGGCGGAAUAAAAUACAGUGAUGAUGAAGAGGAAGAAGUUGGAGGGGAAGAAGCUGGAGAGGAAGAAGCUGGAGAGGAAGAAGCUGGAGAGGAAGAAGCUGGAGAGGAAAAAGUUGGAGAGGAAAAAAUUGGAGGAAAAAAAAAAAAAAAUAAUAAUAAAAAAAACAGCUCCAGUAAUGAAAAUAGCAGUAGUGCCCAUAUCAAUGCGAAUACAUUGGCAAGUCAUGUUACGGUAGAACACAAAAAUGAAGACAUAACUGAUGACAUGAUUUUGACACUAAAAGAUCAGAACAUUCUAAACAAUGAUGAAGAAAAAGAUUACUUAAUAAAUGAAGAUUUAAAAAAAAAAAAGGCAAAAAGUUUAGUGAGAAAAAACGACGAUAGCUAUUGGAAUAAAAAUUAUUAUAAUCCCCUUUCGUAUUAUGAAGACACAAAUAAGCAAAAUGAAGAAGAUAAUUCAUCAUUUAGGAUGCUUCCAAAAUAUGAUGAGAGGAAAGAGGAGUUCGAUGUUACUAUAAAGUAUGAUGAAAAUGACAAGGAAAGGACCAGUUCCCGUUCGCAGGGUAUCAAAGGGAAAGGAAAAGAUGGGAAAAAUGCUAAGAAUAAAAGUUACAGAAAAAUGAGUGAGCUGGUGGGGGAAGAGGAACAGAUGAAAACACAGGUGCAACAAAAUGUAGAUAGCAAUGUUUUCAAGUUGAAAAAAAGAAAAAUUCAAAACAUCAGUAAACGGAAAAAGGAGGAAGAUGCAUGGGCAUUUCUGUACGAUAAACCCGAGGUGGAGUCUUUAAAAGGAUCAGGAGAGGCAAAAAGCGAAGAGAUGAAGGGUGAAUCUGCCAAGUGUCAAUCCUGGAUCGACGAAACGAGGGAGGGAAGCGAAAACAUUAUAAAGGAUGUUCUGAGAAUAAUUAAGGAAGAACAAACGAACAUAGAUUUGGAAAAGUACUUUGACAAGGAGCUAAUUGAAAAUGAAGAGGACAAAGAGUUAUAUGAAAUGUUGCAAAAGGAGAAUAGAUUAAAAAGACUAAAAAAGGGAAUGGAUUAUCAAAAUGAACUGUUGAAAUAUAUAGUUAUAAAUGAGGAAGGGAGAAAACCCCAAGAAGAUAUGAAUAACGAUGUUAUCAAAUUGUCAAAUGCAUCUGAAUUUUGUAAAAAUAUAUCAAUCCCGCAGGAUGCACAUGAAAUAGAUAAUAGGCUUAAAAUGCAUAAGGGAGGGGCAGGAGCAGAAGGUGGUGUACAGGGAGCACAUGUGAUAAGGAACGAUGCGACAUUUAAAUUAACGUAUGAACAAAAUGACAACUUAAUUAGUAUGAAUAAUACACAAAGAGGGAGAAAAAAUUUCUCCAAAGAUGUUGACAAAGAGGAUGACAAUGAUGAAGAUAAUAGUGGCAGUAAGAACAUGGAAGUAAACGAUUAUGCAAUUUCACAUGAUGGAGUAUCCGAAAUUUUUAACGAAAUUAAAUUGGAUCAAGGAUUAUACGGAGCACUGGAAUAUUUAAAAACGAAAGGAGAGUUAAACAUGGACGAAAAAGUUUAUAAAAAUCCUGAAAAUAGACCAUUACAUAUGUCCACUUCAAAACAUGAUAUAAAAUUAGAUUAUAAAAAUGACUCUGGAAAAGUUAUGACACCUAAGGAAACGUUUCGAUAUAUUUCUUGGAUUUUUCAUGGAAAAAAACAAGGCAAAAAUAAAAUGGAAAAAAAAAUAAAGAGAAUGGAAAUAGAACGUCGUUUUAAGGAAAAUCCGAUGGAGUCCCUUCCCACAUUGAAUGUCUUGAAGAAGGUGCAGCAGGUUCAUAAGAAAUCAUACUUCACCUUGUCCAAUAGUAACUGA